AUGACGAUGACCAGCCUCCUGCCUUCAACAGGGGAUGGAAACUGCUAUUACAUCCUGACAGAAGACUGUGCCUAUGGCAGCAAGUACUUCCAAGCUGGGAACAUGUGCUUCUGCAGCGAGAGAAGUUACCUGCAUAACUUCUCCGAUGACAGGCCCCCGGCUUGCUUCUUGAAAGUCAUCAUGCUGGAUGACAGCUCCACCGUCACGAUAAACAUAGAAAUCCUUCAGCCUGUACAUGAGGAGACGGCCGCUUUCCUCCUGGCCAUCAGCAGCCACAGCGAACGCUUGAACUGUUUCUUGGAGAGGCUGAGCCUUGAAGCAGCUCUGCGAGCCGUGCUGGGCCAAAAAGUGAUGGUGGAGGUUGAGCGGCAGCAUUUUCCUGGUAUCAUCCGCUACAUUGGGAGCAUUUACAAAAACACUUCAGCUGUGCUGUCUCCAUUCUUCUUUGGGGUGGAGUUACAGGGCGAGGGUGAAAACAGAGGGCGCAGCGAUGGGUCUUAUCACGGCACCGAGUAUUUCAAGUGUAAGCGGAACUGCGGGAUCUUCCUGCCGUUUAGCAGAGUCCAGUUUAGUCCCGUGCCGGAUGACGACUAUGCGAAACAGAAGCCAAAACCCGACACGGAGGAGGUGGUUCCUGUGAAAGUGGGAGAUGCGGUUAGCUUCUAUGUGGACGAGGUCCUCACAAAAGGAAUAGCAAUGGCAGUUUACAGAGAGGGAAACCAAUGGUUCGUUAAAGUUUGUCCGGAAGAAGAAGGAACAACUGACAUUUUUAGAGAAAUCCCUAUGGAGUCUGUUGUGAAGGAAAGCUUGCAAAGUUUAUUUUCACCGUUUGAGUCUGACAUGGGCUUGGGACACCCAAACCAAAUGAAACGAGAGAUAAGUGAGAGUGGUGAGGAGUGUGAAAGUGGGAAUUCAUCCCUGGAGGUGAACUCCAUGGUCCAGAUCACCUUGGACAAGGGAAAUCAGGUUUCAGGAAUCAUCCGCUGGUUGGGCUACCUGCCCCAAAUUAAGCAGAAAAUGGCAGGAGUUGAACUGGAUGAAGAUAAAGGGGUCACUGCUGGCGAAUGGCUGGGCAAAUACUACUUCCACUGCGCUCCAAAGCGCGGCCUUUUCGUCAAGCUGCAGUCCUGCCAGCCCGACGUUCGCUUCCAGUGUUCGCACAACAGUGACCUCAUGGAUUAUAGAAAGCAGGAAGUUCUUCCACAGGUUCUAGAGAGUUUUCCUCCUCUCAGAAAUGAGGCAGCGGUGCGUGUCCUGCGAGGGCGGAUGAAGGGGAUCCAAGGCCACUGUAAUUCCUGCUAUAUGGAUGCAGCUCUCUUCAGCCUCUUCUCCUGUACGUCCGUGCUGGACUCUAUGCUCUUCAAGCCCUUCCUACUGUGUGACAGGAACGUACAGAGCAUUCUGCGGGAUGAAAUUGUUAAUCCCCUUCGAAAGACUGGCUUCGUCAGGGCUAGGAGUGUGAUGCACCUUAGGGAGCAGCUAACUGAAAAGGGCCAGUGUUCAAGCUUUACCAACGCUGAGAAAGAUCCCGAGGAGUUCCUGAAUCUCAUAAUGCAUCAGAUCCUGGGAGUAGAGCCACUCUUGAAACUGCAGUCAGGAGGCCAGGAGCAGGACUGUUACUGUCACCAGAUAUUUAUGGACAAACAGGAGGAUCUGGUGGUUCCCCACGUGCAGCAGUUAGUGGAACACUCCUUCCUGUCCUCUGAUCUGAAGCUAGUGGAGAUCCCAUCAUGCUUCAUUAUCCAAAUGCCGCGUUUUGGGAAGGAAUAUAAAAUGUUCAGCAAAAUCAUUCCUUCCUUGGAGCUGGAUAUAACAGAUCUGCUGCUUGACAGUCCCAGGGAGUGCUGCGUGUGCGGCGACAUCGCCACCCUGGAGUGUUCGGAGUGUUUCAAAGAUAAGGUAUUUGCAGCUACGGGCCUGAAGCAGUUCUGCAGCUCCUGCUCCAGACAGGUUCACUCCCACUACCGACGCAAAACGCACAAGCCAACUAGGCUGCACGUCCCAGAAGAGUUUCAAAGCCGGAGCCCCCGGGGCAGCCAGCAGGUCCCUCGUGAGAAGAUGGAGCUCUUCGCAGUGCUCUGCAUCGAGACCAGUCAUUACGUCUCCUUUGUGAAAUACGGCCCUGAGAACGAACACUGGAUGUUCUUUGACAGCAUGGCUGACAGGCAUGGUGAUGAAAACGGCUUCAACAUUCCCAUGGUAACGCUGUGCCCUGAAGUUGCCAAAUACCUGGACUUGCCACUGGCUGUGCUGGCCCUGGAGCAACCUCGGGACAUGGAUGGAGUGGCCAAGCGCCUCUUCUGCGAUGCCUACAUGUACAUGUACCAGAGCAAGAAGAUGGCGCUUUACAAAUGA